GUGAACAAGAACAUCAAAUCUAGUGUGAUGUACAACGAGACUGCUAGGCAGGUCUAGUUGGAUCUGAAGCACAGAUUUGCUCAAGGCAAUGCUGCCAGGAUCUACUCACUGUAGAAGGCAAUUUUUCACAAUUCUCAGAACAAUAUUUUUGGUGAGUGAUUACUUCACUAACUUCAAGACACUUUCUGAUGAAUUGAUGAAUUGUGAUCCUUUGCCUGAAUGUUCUUGUGCAGCAAUGAGGAUUUUGACUGAAAAAUUUGAGAAAGAUUGUGUGAUGAAGUUCUUAAUGGGACUGAAUGAGAACUAUGCUGCAAUUCGAACUCAAGUCCUCAUGGCUAAUCCAAUGCCUGAUCUGAAUAAGGUGUAUUCUAUGGUUCUUCUUGAGGAAAUGCAAAAGAACAUUAGUUCAUCCUCCUCCUCUGAGAUUGAAGUGGUUGCUUUGUAUUCUAAUGUAAGUGCUAAGCUUAAUUCAAGGAAUAGGUAUAGCAAUCGAAAGGAAAGGCCAAUUUACAGUCACUGUGGCAUUCAAGGGCACAUUAUUGACAAAUGUUACAAGUUACAUGGCUAUCCGCCUAGAUAUAAGCCAAAAGGAAAAUCAUCUUUAGCAAAUCAGGUUUCCAAUUUCAUUGGAAAUGAUCAAUUAGUCAUGUCAAAUUCUGGUUCCAUGUCCACCACUGGUUCACUGGAGCAUUAGGCCAUGAAGUGCCCUAUCACUCAAGAACAAUGCCAGCAGCUAAUGGCUUUCUUGAACAGUCAGUCUUGGGAUGGAUCUCAGGUUGGAAGUUCUCAUCAGGCAGCCAAUGUGGUAGCUACAGGUCUUCACUCUUGGGCCAUGGUUCAGCACCCUCUAAUGCCAAAUUU